AUGGGCAUUCCUGGACUUGCACGGAGGUCUGAGCCGUACGCAGAGUGUCGUUCUGCUCAACAGUUGGGAGGUUACCAGGCCAUUGUCGAUGGUCCCUCACUUGCUUAUCAUGCACAUAAACUGGCACUCGCUGGUUUACCAAGAGUACCAUCCUAUGCAGACGUCAACACUGAAGCUAUCCGCUGGCUUAAUACACUCGAGGCUGCCAACAUCAAGGUGACGAAGAUUGUUUUCGACGGAGCCUUACCCUCUUCCAAGCGGAGCGAGCGAGUACAUCGUUUGGAGCAGAACAAUAACAGAGUACGGAACUACCGAGUCCAGUAUCCUAUCUCCUCCUGCCCAGUGCCGACUUACCUUGGGUCUAUACUACAUGCUUUUCUGGCCCCAUCACUGAGAGAGGCAUUGCUCGAUACCCCAUUUGCAGCGCGGACCCGCAUCGAGCCAGGAGAGGCGGAUGACUGGUGUGCGCUGCAUGCCAAGGAUCAUGCUCGCUCGAUCAUCUUUACGAGCGACACGGAUCUACUGCUCUACGGCUACCCUGCCGAAACGCUCAUUGUGUUCUUUCAAGAUGCCGAUGUCACGACAGGAUUCAAGUCUUACUGCCCAGAACAGAUGCGUCAACGGAUGCAGCUGCAGCAUUUGGCUCAAUUCGCGUUCGCCAUGACACGAGAACCAUCACAUACAUCAGAUGAUCUGUUACGCGAUGCGAAGGAUCUCGACCUGUCGUCUGACGCCUAUCUCGAGUUCAGCGGGCGCUACGCUGGACGUACUGCCGUUCCGAGCCAUGUCUCGAAAGUUGACGGCCUACCAAUACCGCUCCAGAAGCUGGAUGUGAGAAUAUCCGAGUUUAUUCAUCAGGUACUGGACAGCUCGCCAGGACCAUUAGUAUACCUGCCGCUGCUGGUUGAAGAUCCUAAUCAAUCUUCUGCAUGGAGCUCAGGCCAGGACUAUCGCGAGCUAGCAUAUUCGAUCCUCGCACCAAAGACCUCAACUGUUCACGAGUACAGGCGGAAGGCGCAAGGAAUAUCUGUGCAGGAACUCCCUAUGCGAGCCCCGGACGUCUCAGCUACAGACAUGAUGGCGCACAUCAGCGGCGUCUCGAAGUGGGCGUCAGACAGAAACCUCUCUCGAGCCCUGAUGUGGCCGCUCUUUGCGCUGUCUAUCGUCCUCUUGGACUCAAAGACAACACCGUCGGUCUCUGUAGUACUUCGUGUUUUGAAUGGCGAUUUCGACAACUCAUGGGAGUUUAUACAUCUUACGGCUCGGCUACAGGCAGUCCUAUACUCACUGCGAAUCCUUCAACAGGUUGUUACUGUUCAACACGCUAUUCAGGGAAAGACCAGUGCGGAGGACGCCACACUACAAAUGGCGAAAGAGUUGUCAGACUUGCCGUCAAUAGCGGACACAUUCACCGUUCCAGGUCAAACGAGGAAGAUCCUAGUCCAACACGAGAAAUUGAAGAGCAUGGUAGAGGAGAUAUACAAAGCUUCCGGUGUAAGUAUACCCACAGACCAUGUUUCGAAUAAGAAAAAGAAGAAACACUCGAAAGAGGCAGAGAGAAAAAAGAAAAAACAGGAACAACGACAGCAGGCUAGACCGCAGACGUCAAACGUCUUUGCCAUGCUCGACGGAUAG